UUUUGGCCCUCGAUGUUGGCGCUAAAAACGCCUGAUUGAUGCAUUUGAGCGCACAAAUGCCGCUCUCUUCUCUGACAAUUCCCUAACUUUUAUGCAGAUUUUCUGAUAAAAAAACGGUUUUAUGGGUUUUCUAGGGUUUUGAUAUAGUCGAUGCUCUCAGUUUUUUAACAUUUAUGCAAAAACUUCUAUGCAUAUUGAUUUGUUCAUGCAUUAUUUCUAAAUUUUUAGUUCCUGGUUUCCUUUUGGGUUUGCAGAUUCUUGUGAGUUUUUUUGGUUGUUUAAGCGUUUUUUUUCGUAGUGUGGUAAGUUCUUGUGGUUUUCAGUGUUUGUUCCAGGGUUCUUUAUGCUGAGGAUUCGCAGGAAUCCGAGCUUUGGUAAUGGCUAUUGGAACAGCUGGAAUUGAGGAUUCUGAAGCCCCACAUUUUGAUCAUAUGAGGUCUACAGACAUGGAUAUUGCCCCUAAGAAAGGUGAAUUUCCUGUGAAAAGAGAAGAGAAGAACCUCGGCAUUCACUCACUUGAGACAUCUUUGUUUAAUGAGAAUGAUGAAAGAGUAAUAAAUUGGCCGGAUGAACAAAUUUUACCCAUUUCAAUGCAGCUCAACUUGCCCAUUGUGGUUAGUGAGGAGAUGCAAAGCAUGAAUAUUGACUACACUCGGUUAGCUGAUGUCCUUUCUGAAGUGAAAGUUGAUGCAUUAGAGGUUGAGCAAAGUAAAAUGACUAAAGUUGGUGAAAAUCUCAAUAUAAAUACCAAAAUUUCUAUAGGAUGCCAAUCUGAAAACAAAUUUGAGAUAACCAGUGAUUGGGUUGAAGAAUUUGGGAUUGAGAAAGUUAAUAUGGGCGGCAGUGGCUCCAUAGACAUGCCUGACAUGACAUUUUUAACUGGAAAAGACUUCAAUGAAGGUGCUAAUAUGGGUUUUGUACAAGAUGUAGAUGGGUCAUAUGUGGAGAUCAAAAGUUGUUUGCCUGAAAAAUUAUCUCAUUCUGCAGGAAAAAUGAAGAAUCAUGAUGCUGAAAUUGUUACAAUUAUGGAGGGGGAAGAUAGAGAUCGACAUUUUUGUUCUUCAACAUUGAAAGAACAUGACGAGAGGUUGGUGAUAGCUGAUGAAACCCGGAGUGCUAGCUCUAUUGAGGAAGUGUCUUGGCCUUCCUCUGAAGGUCUUGUUGUAGGAAGCGUACUACCAUCACAAAUUGCACUAGUGGAUGAAUAUCUUGACGGGUUAAUUGACUUUGCAGAGGCACAGUCUAAGUAUUUUACGGGAGCAGAAGUUACUGAAGAGUCACUUGCUCCUGCCAUGGAAAGCCCUAGCUUCAUUGAAAAGAAGCAGAAUGAAGAUGAAGAUGUUUUCUAUUCUGCUACAUCAGUUCCUACCUUGUUUCUCUCACCUCCAAAAUUUCAGAAGUCUGCCUCAUUUAAUUAUUGCUCUUCAUCUGUUGAGGCUGCUGACAUGAUAUUUAGCUCUCCUCAAGGGCUUGAUAGCCAGAGAAUGAUCAUGGAAAGAACCAAAGAGCUUCUUGAUUUUGAUACUCAGGACCAAGCAAUGAAUUUAUCCUCUCUAGUGUACAAAACUGCCAACCAAUUCAAUGAGAACAUUGAUGUUGGUUCAGAUGGUAAAAUUGAAACCCAUUAUGUUAGCAAAUUGCAGAUGGAUUCUCCAAUGAAAGCAGAUUCUAUGUGUAGAGUGUUGUUUAGAAUUGAGAAAUAUGAUACAAAUGUAGAAGAAUCAAUAUUUGAUGAAUUCAAUGAUGGGCAUAUUAUAUCAAAGUCAGAAGUAGAUUACCUCACAGAGGAUGACAAAGGCACUGACUCAGAAGAAAAUCACUCCACUGAACUCAAUAGUGAAAAUUCUCAAGAAACUAAGGAAGAGGAACAACAAAAUGGCCUGUAUUCACCAUCCAGUGAUGCUACCUCUGAACAUUAUGGAAGUGGAUCUCUUAUAGAUCAAGAUCAUCAGCCUGUGGUCAAAAAGACUCUUGAUUUUGAUCCUUCACUAGGUGUGCCCGGAAGGUUUACUGCCCCAUGCUUGGCAAAAGAGAUAGAGGAAAUCUCUUCUUUUGAUGUCUCAGCUGUCUCAGAAGUGGUGGAGCCUAACCAAGAAUUACCUUGUGCACCUACUUCUAAGGCCUCUGAAAAUUCCUCCACUAAAGCUACUCAAAGUCUCCCUAGUUUUGGAACCCCAGGUGCAAGUUACUUGGAGGAUAAAGAAACAACAGCUGACACGCUAAUUCCCUCUGACAAAAGCCACAUGGAGGAUAGAAAAGAAAGUGAGGAAACCAUUCUUGAACAGAAGAAAGAGGUGCAGCCUAGUUCAGUUUCUGGAGAUUCUUCUGUUGGCUGCUGGGGCAUAUGGAAUUUCCUUUGGGAGUUUCUCCAUGGAAAUAGAAGAUAAGAUAUCCCACUUUUCAUAAGUUUUAGCAUAUGUUUUGUCAUCAACAAAUUUGCAUCGGUUUCUUUGCAAGUCAGAAACUCAUGUCUUUGGCCAAAUUUGCAUAGGUUUCUUUGCAAGUCAGAAAACUCAUAUGUCUUUGGCCCUUCAGUGGACAAAAUCCGACUAUAUAAAAACAGGUUAUGAACAAUCUUUCUCAAUUCGAAUGCUGUGACCCUUCGGGAACCUCACUUCAGGAUCACUUGAUAAUCCAAGCAGUAUGGGAUAGAACUUCUGGUGGAGCAAAAUAAGGAUCGGAUUAAUCUUUUGUCAACCAACAUUUGUUUCGAUGGUUAAAUACUAUAUUGUCUUUGUUUUGAACCCUUCAUUGAACCGUAUCUUGGUAAAUGUUGACAAACACAAAUAGUUAUGAUAGUCAUCCUUAAGAGUUGUUAAGUUUUUGCUUAUAAUUGAUCUCAUAUUUGGUGA